CUGAGCAUAAGGAGACAGAAAAUGAGAGAAAUUCUGGUCCAGAGGAUAAAGGUGAUUUUCUCUCCUAAUUUUAGCUACUUCUGCACCUGUUAGUGAGACCUGAUGUGACCUGCGGUGAGAUUAGCUGGGAGGGAGAAAGGCAGAGACCAUCCCUCCAUGAGGAGCCCAGAGGAAGCAAGGCACUAAGACCCAGUGGAGAGCAGGGAGGCUGGGUGCUGCCCUCCCACCCUCCGCCUGUCUGUCUGCUCUGCACAGCUCUGCAGUUGCCCUGGGCACGUGCGGGAGCCUGUACAUGUGUACAUGAAAGUGUGUGAGGUGGAAGAGUGUGUGUGUGUGUGUGUGUGUGUGUGUGUCCACUCUUUGUCCACCACAGGCUGGAAGACAGGAGCCAUCUCUUCAUUUUUAGUUUUUGUUCCAUCUCCCUUCUGCUCCAGCUCUGCCUCUCCCACCUGGAUCGAAGACCUGGCUAAAGGGGAAUUGAGAGCAGGGGUGUGUGUGUGUGUGUGGGUGUGGGUGUGUGGUGUGUGUGUGUGUGUGUGUUUGAAGAGAUAGGGAGGGGGGCGGUCAGCUUGGUUGGGUGGGAGGUGAUAACAAGAUGAAAGGGGCCAGGUGAGGAGGAGACACAGGAGCGACCCUCUCCUCUCUCCCCCUCCCUUCUCCUCUCUCUCUCUGUCUCUGUGUGUGACGUGGUGUGUGUGGUGUGUGUUUGCUGUGUGUGUGGGAGAGAGAGUGAAACAGGUCGGCUCUCCUUCAGUAGACUGUGAACCUGCACAGGAGGAAGCAGACCUCUCCAGACUGAGAUCUUUCCAACUGAAGGUCAGAUUGGAGAAAAAAAUUACAAGGAAUUGAGUGAAACCUCCUGUGCUUGUCUCCUGAGCUCCAGGCUAAAGUCUACCGGGGUCAGGGUCUGUACAGCCCCAGCUGCCAUGACAGACACCACUGCCUGAGCUUCUCAGUGACACCCUAUCACAGGGGAGGAUGGGUGAUGGGCCUGUGAAAUUCAGCGGACUCUCUCCUCCUUAUCCCAUCCUCUCAUGGAGCAUCCUGUCACACCGAGCCCCUCCUGGAACACUCCUCUUUCCGGCCUCCCCACAUUUCCAGUCUCACUGCACCCUAAUAUCUCUAACGUGACCCCGCCCAUCACAAGCAUCCAAGGUGGGGUAGAUCUGAACCAGUCCUUGGCACUGUGUGCUAUGCUCAUCAUGGAUGUGCUGGCAGUGGUGGGGAACUUGGCCGUGAUGAUUGUCAUCACCAAAACGCCGCACCUGCGCAAGUUUGCCUUCGUGUUCCACCUCUGUCUGGUAGACCUGCUGGCAGCACUGGUGUUGAUGCCUCUGGGGAUGCUGUCAGACCGAAUCCUGGUGAACGAGGCGCUGUGUCGGAGCUACCUCUGCUUGAGCGUGUGUCUAGUGAGCGCUGCCAUCCUCACCAUAUGUGCCAUUAACGUGGAGCGCUACUACUACAUCGUCCACCCCAUGCGUCAUGAGGUGAAGAUGACAGUGGGGGUGGUGGUGAUGGUACUAGUGGGAAUCUGGAUUAAAGCCAUUGCCAUGUCAGUACUGCCUCUCCUGGGAUGGCUGCUCCAGGCGAACAAGGGUCUGGGGACUCCUUCAGUCCUCAUCCAUGGUCAGAGACACUGCUCCCUCCAUUGGACGGGAGGCAGGACCAUGCGGCUGCUUUUCAUGGUCUUCUUUACAUUAAUCUAUUUUCUGUGCCCCAUGCUGAUCAUUCUGGUGGUCUACUGCAACAUGUUCAAGGUGGUGCGAGUAGCAGCCAUGCAGCACGGCCCCCUUACCACUUGGAUGGACACGCCGCGACCACGGUCCGAGUCCAUCAGCAGCCACUCCACCGUGGCAGCCAGCCUCGGGGGAACUGGCGCCCGCACCACCCCUCAGAGGACCUUCAGCGGCGGGAAGGCCGUGGUGGUCUUGGUGGCAGUGGGAGGCCAGUUCCUCUGCUGCUGGCUACCAUAUUUCUCCUUCCAUCUCUACUCGGCUGUGGUGUCUACCUCUCCCACCUCGCUGGCUCAGCUGGAGGACGUGGUUACAUGGAUUGGCUAUUUCUGCUUCACCUCCAACCCCUUCUUCUAUGGCUGCCUGAACCGGCAAAUUCGCGAGGAGCUGGGCCGCCACCUGGCUUGCCUCUUCAAGCGGGCUGGGCCCAGUGAAGGGGAGCAGCUGCCUAGCCGCGAGGCCUCUAUUGAGGAGAACUUUUUGCAGUUCCUUCAGGGCACUGGAUGCAAUCUGGAGCCCUGCAACUCUCACAGCAGAGCAAGCCCAGAGGAGCCAGAGACUGAGGUCCUUCAGGAAUCAGCUGUUCAGCAGAACACGCCAGCUGACUUCCACAUCCCAGGGCAGAUCCUUGAGGAAACCUCAGAGUUCAUACAACGGCAACAGCUGAACAAUGAGCUACAUUUAUCAGAGAACUGCUGCAAAACUGUACCAGAGCUGUAGCUGCCUCUCAUGUACUGUCUCUUUUGCCAUCUAUAAUCCAAUAAAUAUACUUAGUUUUAUUCAUAUUUUCUAAAAUGUGUUGAAUUAAUACAUCUCUUGUUCAUGCUACAACAGUGCUUUUAAGCUAAAAAUCCAGUGAACUGCAAAACAAGGUAUCUUCUUUGAAGAAUUUAAGUUAUGUAGCUCAAAGAAAGAAAAAUGACGCUGCCGCAUUACAUGUUUUAAGAGCCAUACAGUGUCAGGCUGUUUUCUGUGUGAUGUUAGCAGAUGGACACUAAACCCUUGUUGUGUUAAUCAUGGGUCAGUGGAGUGACAAACAUCACAUAAACAUAAUGGAGUGUUGAAACUCUGGGAGAGCAAAACUUCAGGGGGAACACAGUUUUCACAGUUUAUGGAAAACUAUGAGAGCCAUUAAAAGAAAAUUUUAAAUGAAGACAGUAAAGUGUUAAGACAAAUGCUCAGCGAAGUUUUUGUUUUGAUAAGCAUUCCUUUAAAGAUUCAGUCAUCAGUCAUUCAUUGCUCAUUGAAAGGUCCAUCAGACAUUAGAAUAUAAUGUUUAUAUUAAUUUAACUAAUGAUGUAACCAUAAAAACUAGUUCAUCUCCAACAAAGUGUUAUUUUGUAGAACUUUCUGUUGGUAGAAAAUGAGGAAGUGGUAAAAGUAAAGGUCAGUUAUUGAAGCUGUCCAUACCAGUUUGUUUAGCGAGUAAAGGAUCUUUUUUCAUCAAAGUGUAUUUAUUCCACUUGCACAUCUCCUCAUACAACCAAGGAAUUAUGCAAAAAAAUGUGUUCUUUUCGCAGUACAAAGGAGUGAAUAUUCAGAGCCAUUUAAAACAAAAAUGCCUUUCUGUUUGAAAUAUUCGUUGUCUUGGAAAGGAUCAUUUCACAGCUGGUGCUGCUGGCUGUAUUUAUAAUAAACAGGCUGACACACCAGUGUAUUUUUAACCAUUUUCCAGGAACAUUAUUAUCAUGUUUAUCUGUUCUUAGUCUUGUGAUUAUCACCUCUUUACCAAAAUCAUCUCACAUUGGCAGACUCGUGAUUCCACCGCCUUCCACUCAAAGAAAAACAUUGUGACUGAUUUAAUUUGCACGACAGUGAUGGUGCUAAAGAUUAAAGCUUUGUAAAAACGUCGGCUACGUAACAUUACGACUGUCAGUUUGUUGAAAUAAGGCCUGAUGUGGAUAGAUUCGGAUGAAGCGACCAGCCCCCAUUACCCCGAGAUGUCUGCUAUUUACAGGUAAACACAGGAGUGGUGUGAGUGCUCUUGUGUUUGUGCUAUAAACAAGCAGACUUGUUGUGGCUACACAGCACACAGGUGAGACAAUGCUUACACAUGGCAAGCUUUGCCUUUAGCCUCAUUUAGCAACAAAUGGAAGACAGUGGUGAUACUUUCUCUGAUCUCAGGUGGAAUACAAACAGUUUGCACAAGUCACAUGAGAAGUGACAAAUGUUCCAAAGAAAAUUACAAGGCACAAAUCUCUUCCUAAAACUUUUUAUACUUGCUCUUUCUUGCUGCCUUCAUCUAUUUUGGACUGCCUCAUACUGGACUGUUGGCAUGAUCACAAGACACUCAACAAGGCGUACAGGGAAGGGUCAUAUUUUGCUGGGAGUCACAACAAAAAAGGUCCCUUUGUCAGGGGGAGUCAUAAUGUUCAUAAUUUUCUUGUAAUAUGACUGUGUUGCUGUUUUUCAGAUGGAGUCAUCGUGUCAUCUUGUUUUUAAAUAUUUCUUGUGUGUCAGAAGAUGGUGCAGUUAUGUGAAGCCCAAAUUUAGUUAGACAUAAAGUCAAGUAUAAUAGUGAGCACAAGACAAAAUUACUGCCAUAAUCCUCAAUGUUCUACAAUAUGUAUGCAUUUUUUAUUUAUUUUUACUAGUAAUAUUAAAACUACAAAAUACAUUAUCAUAAGAACUAUUAACUAGAACUAUUAAUUUUCUGUAACAGAAUAACAUCCUGGGUCCUGGAUGAAAACAAAGGGGGACAGAGCUUUUGCCAUCAGGGCCCCGAGGCUCUGGAACAACUUGCCCGAAGAAAUAAGAUUGUCUGAGUCAGUGUCUUUUGAGUCUCUUCUCAAAAUGCAUUUUUA